UAGGUUACUACACACAAGUGAUAUUAAGAGUGAGAUGUCCAUUUCUUCAUUUUUGCAGGGCCGAGCUGCUGAUCUUCGUUACAUUGAGGCAGCUGCUCGCACAAUUGGAGAUGUAGCGGAGGGGAUGAAAAUUGUUGUAGAGAAGAGCACUGUUCCUGUGAAGGCAGCUGAAAGUAUUAACACUAUCCUCAGAGCCAACUUGAGGCCAGGUGUGAACUUUCAAGUACUGUCCAACCCUGAAUUUCUCGCUGAAGGUUCGGCCAUCAAGGAUCUCUUACAUCCUGACAGAAUUCUGAUUGGUGGUGAUCAGACACCAGAGGGCCAAAAAGCAAUUAAAGAACUGUGCUGGGUGUAUAAACAUUGGAUUUCUGAUAGCAAAAUAAUCACAAUGAACACUUGGUCAUCAGAACUGUCCAAACUGGCAGCUAAUGCUUUCCUUGCCCAAAGAAUUUCCAGUAUCAAUGCUAUCUCAGCCAUUUGUGAAGCAACAGGAGCUUGUGUUUCUGAAGUGUCUCAUGCAAUAGGAACAGACACUAGGAUUGGAUCGAAGUUCCUUGAAGCAAGUGUGGGGUUUGGAGGAAGUUGUUUUCAAAAAGAUGUAUUGAACCUUGUAUAUCUGUGCGAGUCCUUAAACCUUCAAGAAGUUGCAAAUUACUGGUAUCAGCAGGUAAUAGAAAUGAACAGAUAUCAGAGAACUCGAUUUGUUCGAAGAAUUGCUGAAAAACUUUUUAACACACUUACUGAUAAGAAGAUUACAAUUUUUGGAUUUGCUUUCAAGAAGAAUACAGGAGAUACAAGAGAAUCUCCUGCUAUCUAUGUGUGUAAACAUCUGUUAGAAGAAGGAGCCCACAUAUCCAUUUAUGAUCCCAAAGUAAAUCAACAACAAAUAAUUGAAGACCUUACGCACCCAGAUAUCAUGGACAAACCAGAAAAAGUCCUAGAGUUGCUGUCAUUUCAUACAAAUCCAUAUUCAGCCUCAGAAAGAGCCCAUGCAGUGGUCAUCUGUACAGAGUGGGAUGAAUUCUUGCAUUUAGACUACAAGAAGAUAUAUAACUCUAUGCUGAAACCUGCAUUUAUAUUUGAUGGAAGAAAAAUCCUAAAUGUGGAUGAGCUACUUGCUAUUGGAUUUCAAGUUGAAACAGUAGGUCGAAGAACCACUUGAAGUAACGUCCACAGAGGUGUUGCUGACUGUAUCUUAUAACAAACUUGUUCAAGAAACAAGGGAUUACAUAUUGUAAUGAAUAUCCAUUUGUGACCAGAAAACAAAGAUUCUCUUCUUUAAAGAAUCAACCAGUGUGAUUUCUAUGCUGCACCAGGAGAUAAGAUAGUCGAUGCACGUAAAUGACUUUUCCAGCUUAAUUGGGGGGUGGGAAUAUUCUCUGGUUUAUAGAUUUCACAUUAUGUUGUUCCUAAUAUCACAUUAACUUUAUAUUUUAUUUCACUGUUUUUGUAUUUUUAUGCAUCUGUUGACAUCACAUUGUAAAAUAAU